AUGGCAUUGAGUUGUAGGCGAGCAGUCGCGUCGUUCUCCUUGACUUCGAGCUUGACGUCGGACAGUUCCACGGCAUCUGGGUGGGUCAGUGCCGACUUGAAACUCAGUCACCAUCACCAAGUGCAUGUUCUGGAAGCCGAAGGUGUUGUCAAUGCUCAAGCAUCUAGCCUUGACCGGCUUCUUGACAGCUGGAUGAGUCCUCAGUACCAGAUGGGAAGGAGCAACGGUGUACUUGACUGUCAAAUAGACGAGCGCUCCAAUGCCAAGACCUAUCGCCUUUGUACCAUUGGUCCGCUUCUCAGAGAAUGCAACAAGCGCCACGUGCAUGCGCUGUCCUCUUCUCCUUGCGCAAGUUCUUCUUCUCCUGGACUUCCUUCAGCUGAUUGGUCGCCUGAGCAAUCUCGUUCGCAAGAGCGCGCUUUUUGGGGCAAUGCCAUCAAACUCGACUUCGAGGAUCUCGAUCUCGUCUUGAAGGGUGGCUUUGGCGACCUUAAGAGAUUCCUUCUGCUAACGAGCCUUCUCCUCUGCUUCAUCAGCGUCAGCAGCAAGGAGAGCCUCGCAGUCGUUGAGAAGAAGGAAGAACCCCAAGAAAAUGAAUGUGCCGAGGAGACAUGUGUCUACUAUCACUUUUAUGAGGCGCAAUACACGACAAUCCUAGAGGAAUGUAAAUAUCACAAGCUUCGAGGAUGUUCGAAGAGCAAAAUAUCCAUGCUCGAACCUGUUCGAGAAGCUUGGCGACACUCUAACUUGAUAUAUGCAAAAGGCCAAAAAAAUUGCAUGCUCGAACCUGUUCGAGAAGCUUGGCGACACUCUAACUUGAUAUAUGCAAAAGGCCAAAAAAAUUGCAUGCUCGAACCUGCCAAAAAAAUUGCACGAAUCGUUAAUAUUCAAGUAGAAUUUUGGGCCGGCUCACUGCAUGGAACUGUUAGCUCAGCAUUCAGAGGGUGUCACCGCGGAACUAUAAAUCGUCGGCGGGAUUGUCUACACACAUUGCAGAGUGUCGGCAAUAGUGGACAGCUUAUGUAUCUUGAACAGCUCGGCUCGGCCCGUGUCUUGGCAGUCCCCAAUCAACUACAUGUGGUCCCGAACGGAGUUCCAAGCCAGACCAAGGGCCGACAUGUUCUACAGUACACUCGACAUUAUCCACGAGAGAACAUAUGCUGCUUUUAUUCCAUCGAUCCCACACAAGUUUCUACUCGCUACCGCGAAUCUGAUCUCCAUCACGCCAUUUAA